CAACUACGUAUCCCACUUGUCUUUGCUACAGUAGUCCGUGGUUUGUUUUGAACCGGCAAAACUGGAAGCAGUGAUGGAGUUUCCUGAAGAUUUUAAUCAGCUUGAGCUUCUGAACACACAUGGACAUUUGAUCCCCCGUGGGGCCAGCAGCCUGUGGUCCGGUAGCAAGAAUAAUGAGGAGGAGGAAGAAGAGGAGGAGGAGGAGGAGGAGGAGGACCACAGCGAGGAGUGGUAUCUAGAAAAGGAGGAAACUCUCAAAGACAAACCAGCAGAGCUCAUAUUGUGGGCAGCGGAAAACAAUCGCCUUUCAACAGUCCAUAGGUUGUUAACCGCUGAUCCUUUGCUGGUGCACUGCUGUGAUGAGGAUGGUUACACUCCACUGCACCGUGCAGCAUACAGCGGCCAUGUUGAUGUUGUGUCUGCUUUACUCACUGCCGGCUCCAAAGUUAACCCCCGCACCAUCGACGGCUGGACGCCCCUUCACAGCGCCUGCCGCUGGAGCCGCGUCACUGUGGUGAGUUUCCUCCUGCAGCAUGGAGCUGAACUGAACGCCCAGACCAACGGUGGGCUCACACCCCUACACCUGGCUGCUUCCCACACCAGCUCCACAAAAACAGACUCCGCACACACCUUAGAGCUGCUCCUCUCUCAGCGACACCUGAAGCCGGGGCUCCACAGCAGCAGCAUGGAGACGGCUAGUGAGGUGGCCCGACGUAGUGGUCCCCAUCACUUCCUGUUUGAGAUGGUAGAGGACUGUGUCAAUGUGGUAGCAGUGUCAUGAACAAAAUCAUGCACAAAAGUGCAAAUCAAUUCUCACAUUUAUUUUAUCAGUCUGGACAGCAGAUACAUUAGGGCCACAGCUAUGUCAUUAUCGUAUAAUCCUCCAUUUAUAAGUUUGAUUGUAUCACCUAUAAAAUGUAAUUUUUUGGUCCAACCAAAAAUCUUUACAAUUAAGAAGCUGAAGCCAGCAAAUCUAUUGUAUUUCUGCUUAAAAAUCUAAGUUGUGUUGAAGUCCUUAGUCAUCAUAAUAAAUGAACGCUGUAGUUACA